UAGAGUUUUCUGAUAGUUUUCAGCAUGGAUUGGAUCAGUUUCUUGAGGACAACUGUGUUAAUCCUCACAUAAACAGUGUUUUGGAAGACAACUUCUCGUAUUACCAAGAUUCUGCACAGCAAUGUUCUCAGGGUAAUGGGCAGGUCAUUUGUUCUGCAGAGACCUGGAAGUCUGAAUCUGUUAAUUUUCUUGGUUUUCAAGAAGAAUCUUCAGAUGAUCUUGUUAAGUCCCUUUUUGGAAACGAUCCAGACCUUUUCUGCAAUCAGGCUGAAAGAAAUGAAGACCCAAUCAGUUUGUUGGAUGAAAUAUUUGAUGAAAUUGAUACGCGGAAGGAUAAGCAAGAGCAACAGCAGAUAAACAGUGAUCUGAGAAAAGAGGAGUGUAAUGAUGCACCAAAGACCACUGAGCCUUCAAUUGACACUAACAAUAAUGAGGGCGGUCAAAAGAAACGAUUUGAUGGGACUGCAGUAUUUAAGGCAGUUCCAGCUUAUGAAAGAAGUCUUGACCCUACUGAAACAGAGGAGGUUCCAAAAGCUUUCCAAAUUCCAAAACUAGGGAAAAAUAUUCAAAGCCUGGUUCGAGUUGACCCUCGUUUUGGGAACCAGCUUAAUCAAGGCUCAAAGACUCAUAGCGAGGUGAUCAAGUGUGCCAAGGUCUACAGCAGGUCGAAUUCUGCACCUAUGUCCAGUUCUGUGAUAAAGCAUACACCACUUCCAAAUGCAACCUCUUUGAUUUCAGUCAGGCCUCCUAUUGUCCAACAAAAUACUCCAAUUAGAGGAUCCCUGGUAACUAACUCUAUCAACCUGCCUGCUACAGCUACCAAUGCUGCUUCAAAAAGAUGCAGCACAGUGAAGCGUACCUAUGGCAUGCCAAGCAAAAGCAUAACACCAAAACUGAAUGAAUUAAAGAUCACCAUGCUAAACCAAGGACAUGUAAUUCAGGACACUCAGUUGAAACAGAGGUUAAGCAAAAGAUUGAAGCAGCUGCGAGAGCGAAGCAGACAAGCAAAUGGAUACUUAAGGAUUCUACCGAAAGGUUAUAACCCUCAUCUCAGUCUUCUAAGAAGUAGUGCAGAAAAAAAUCUGUCCAUUUCAAGAUCAGUACCUUCUAAUAGUACAUCAGUUAGCCAGGUUACCAUGAACUCAAAGAAAGUUGACCCUAAAGCAGGGAUCCCAAGCCUCCUACCCUGGGCAUCGAAUGUACCACCUACUCGAGGGAUUCAACUUCAAAAUGGACUAAAGCCAACAUUUUCCAAAGAUCCACCAAUUCAGCCUGGCCCUGUUCAAAAUGCAGAUCCUGUUUUUAAAUAUGGAAAUCUGGCAAGUUAUCCAACAUACAAACACUAUUCCCCCUUCCAGAUGAUGGAGCCAGGAGCCCUUAUACCUUUCCCUGUUUAUCAGGAUCCUAUUCUUUAUUGUCAGGCAUAUCAGCAAGCAUUAAAAAAUUAUAAUCAGAACAGACCAGUUCCAAAGAUUCAAAUACCAAAAUAUAACCAGAAUUAUUCUGACGCAGCAAGGAAGCAGGUUGCUUCUUCCACCACUGUCAGCAGUAACCUUGGUGGUAACACUAUGCUGAACCUCAAGGCUUGGCCAAAUCCAGCCAAUUCAGAGGCACUCAAGGUCUCAGUUGUUGGGAUAAAUGGCCUUUCUAAGACACCAGUAGAACAGACGAAUUCUAGUGCUUGCCAGGAAGGAUUGUGCGAUGAUUGUAUCAAAGAAGGAGGGAAAAUUGUCUACAUUAUUGAAAGUGAUGAGGAGGAUGCUGUUGAUCCUAAAACUGGGGAAGGUGUGAAGAGUAAGUGUUCAGCAUGUGGAAAAGUUCUCCCUGCAUCCAGUAUCUCGCUAUCUUCUCACAACUCUGAAGAGAAGACCAGAGCUUUAAAACUCUCUAAAGAUAAGUCAUCAAGCGGUGGCGGCCGACGAACUAGAAAAUGUUGGAACUGUAAAGUCACAAAAUGUUCCUCCUGGUUUUCACACAGGAAAAGAUCAAGCACAGAUCUGUGUGGUAACUGCUAUACAUAUUUUAAAUCCCUCUCUAAAUCUAAGCAAGGGUCAACUUAUCUCAAAUCAUCUGCCAGUGGUAAGAAGGAAGGAAGCUCCCAGGUUACUCCGCCCGAGUUAUUAGAUGAGAUAGAAAACCGGGAGAUAACGGAGGAGACUACAGCUCAGCAACUUCCUACACAUGGUAUUUCUUCUAUUGAUCAGCAUGGUGAUCAAGCUGGGGUCCGUGAAACGUCUAAUGUAAAAGUUGGAUAUGGUAUUCUUGAAACUGUAAGUAGCACUGAUAUCUUGGAGCUUCCUGAGAAUAUCAAGGGACUUCUUGACACUAGAGACAUCAAAAAGGAGAAGAUGAAAGGGCAAAGUGUCAAAGAUGAUAUCAGGGAGAAUGACCCAUCUUUUUCUAAAACUCAUGUAGAAGUCUCGGAUGGAAUUCAGCUGGAUAAUGCUGACUCUGACUUUAUUGAGGAAAUAUUGAAUAAUUGCAAACUAAAUCUUGAGAGAACAGACCAAAAAAAGAAACUGCAGAUCAAAGAAGAAACUCAAAUUCUAGAGCACCAAAAACCAUCUCAAGAUUGUCAGGAAAACAAAAAUCACCAAGGAAAUGCAAAUAAGGAAAAUGCUCAACAACUGGCUUUAAUAAAUGUUGCUAGUGAUGUCAGUAAUAGCCAAGUGCACCCUGACAAAGCUACUAUUGACGAACUUUCUACUACUAAAGAUGAUUUCAGCCAACCUGGUGCAGACGCGCAUGAUGAUCAAGCACUUUUAGAAGAAACUGCCAUAAAUAGUAUUUCUGUAAAGAAAUCUUCAAAUGUUCAACAGAAUGAUGUUUCUAAUAAAGAAAAUAUGAAUAAGUGUCCUAUGCUCCAAUCGUCUGUAGAGGAGAAUUCAGUUCCUCCAGUUUCUGAUGUUUCCUUGAAACAGCUCCAAGGAUUGGAUGAUAAAGCUAUCUUACAGAUUAAAGGCCCAAGUAAUAUCCAGAGAACUGAAGAAGGUGCAGCAGCGAAUCCAAUUGUUGACGGAUUUGAACUGGAACUCGAUUUUUUGCAGCAACUUUUCAAAUCACCAGAAAGAAACUCAAAUCCUGAUAAUUCCUCUGCGGAAUUUAUGAGUAAUUCUUCUGAACUUCUGGGGACACCACAAUAGAUUUUCCGGUCCUCUUGGGACAGAUUUGUCUGGGUUGGGAUAAUGCUCCAGUAAAACUUUGGAAUUAAUUAUCAUUAUCCAGAUAAUCUAGAACUUCUUGAGACCCAAGCGACCAGGUGCUGUCGACUGAGAGAUGACUACUCAGAAUUUUGCCUUUACUUCAAUUAAAUCAUUGUAUUUUGUAUACAAUUUGUGAAAUAUUUUGAUUAUGCAGUCCCUAGUUUGAUCAAACUUAAUGUUUUAAGUACUUUCCCAAGGGCAUU